AUGGCAUUUGGAUUAAAUACCUUGAAAGUUAGGGAGCUAGCGUAUGAGAUGGCCGUUAGGAAUAACAUACCUAUCCCCAACUCGUGGAAAAUCAACAAAUGUGCAAGCAAAGACUGGUUACGAGCAUUUGUGAAACGAAACCCAACUUUAAGCUUGAGAAUGCCUGUAGCAUGUUCGUUGUCCAGGCUUACUUCUUUCACCAAACCCAAUGUGGAUAGAUUUUUCUCACACUUUGAAGAAAUAUAUAAGCAACAUCCAUCAAUUCUUCAAGAUAUCCGCAUAUAUAACUUGGAUGAAACGUCCACGACAACCGUCCAGCGCCCACAUAAGCCUAUUUCUCCAUGGAUGGUCCAAUGCAAAACAAUUAUGUUCACUGCAGUUGGUGUAAGGAGGGGACCUUUGGCUGUAAAAUUGAAGACACAAGAGAUAUAA